AUGUCCGGGGGCUUCCGUGUCGAGAACCCUUUUCUGUCGCAGCUGAUGCCGAUGGCGCUAUCGAGUGACCUCAUCAUGCACCUGAUUCUAACCGUGAGCGCCCUGCAUCGGGCUGUUGCUCUGCCGGCGGAGCAGGCGACAUUGGCACAUUCUUAUUAUCAUAGGGCCUUGGUGCUCUUCCGCAACAGUAUCGACGAUUACGUCCAUGAGGGCGGUGCCAAGAUCAUGGCGCUGGGUGUUGGUUCUUUGGUUUUGUGCUUUACCGAGACGGUCAGAGGCAAUCGAGACGGCGCGAUUUUCAAGCACCUGAAUGCCGCCAACAAUCUCGUGUCAUCCAUCCUGGCCAAUGCUCUGGUUGGACAACGAUCCGCGCUGGAAGACUUUCUUGUUGAAUUCUACGUCUACGUCUCGACGCUGAGCCUCAUCUCCCUCGACCCAAAACUCAGCAUGCAGUUUACAAUACAUGAAACGAUCGAGGCAAAAGCGCAUGCACUUGCCGGAAGCCCCUUUGUCGGUAGUCUGUGCGGAUGCUGGAUCGAGCUUCUGCUCCUCAUCCCAAGGGUCAAUACUUUUGUCACAAAUUAUGACCCCUCGGACUGCCUAUCCCUGUCUGCGGAGUCGUUGGCCGAGAGAUUCUCACUUUUUGCCACACUCCAAGCCGAGAUCCUUUCCUGGCUUCCUCCUGACAAAGAAGCCAACCCGGCCCUUUGGUACAGCGGAUUCUUUUAUCGAGAGGCUGUCCUCGUGUAUCUCUAUACCGGCACCUUCCAGCCAUCCGCGACGGUAAAAAAAAGAACCCUCGGCUCGGACCUGAUCGACACUACGGUCGAGAGUGCGCUUGCCUAUCUGGACGGAAUACCAUCGGCGGCUCAGAAUAACACCCUGCUAUGCUGGCCCCUGGCCAUAGUCGGAUCCUGCAUAUCGGACCAGGAAAAAAGGAACAAAGUCCGACAAAGGUUGCAGGAUAUGAAGAGUCACCUUGGGAUAGGUAACAUCAACGAUAUCCUGGACAUACUGGACGCUCUCUGGUCUGAGAAUCCCGAACCAACCGGUCCGUGGGGCUUGCACACCUUUAUGAAAAGCCAGAACCUCUGCUUUUCAUUCGCAUGAAGGAUCGAAACCCUAUUUAUGAGCCCCGUGCCAAGAUUCGCACUUCGGGUCCCGUUCUAGG